CUGGUUGUUUACACUUUUACUUUUGGAAAGUAACUUCUUAGGUUGAAGUUUUUGGCCAAUAUUUGUAAGAAAGGGAUGCUGUUAUAUGUAACUUGCUCUUUUAGUAUAUUCCUAAACAAACAAAUCUUGUAUUGUUUGUCUGUUUUCAGUAUAGUUUCUGACAGUUGUGUUCUUACCAUCAUCAUGAGUAACUUGAAUGAAAGCUGGAGUUUUCUUAAACUCUUAUGUAGCUUGUGAGUGGUAGUAGUUUUCCUUAUUCCUGCCCUUACACUGUGCAUCUGGCUUCAGUCAGGAGUAUGGUAUAAAGGAUUUCAUGGGCCGAGUUACCACACCAGGGUAGAUGAAGCAUCACUACCAGGACACUUCUUAGAGCUCUAUGUGAAUACAGAUGCCAUUGUGAGAUACUAAGCACACUUCUGUUCCUAGCCAUUGUAGACUUUCUCCUCAAAGUGAUCCUGUAUGUUCCUUUAUACAUUUCUUCUGUACUGAAAAAAAUCUAAACCAAAUUUUUGUUACUUAUUCAAUAACCAAGUAUGUGUAUGCUGCUUGGAAAGACAGACUGAAGUGUCACUAAUGGAGAUAGCUGAGAGAUGGAUGACAGCUGGAUCUAAGGUUUAGGUUCAUAACACAUUGUAUCAAAGAAAGCUUCCUGGAAGAGCCACAUAUGACUACUGAAACAAAGCUGUGCUGUAUUAGCCUUGCCUCAGGGACUGCUAAGUGAGGCUGGAUGUUAUAGCCAGCAACUUAGAAGUCUAAAGAGACCUUGCCACCAGUUAAUUCUGAAGUAAUUAUUUCACUGUGUUUUAGCUUAUUGGGUUGAUAACAAUGGGUAGCUGGGCAGAUGAUCUUUAGAUAACACCCUGACUGUGGAUGAAGAGAUGUGACAUCAAAAGGGCCUCUCUCAACUAGUGAGACUUUUGAUGAAUUGCUAAAUCCCUUAUUAACAAAUUAUUAAUUUAAAUGCCAGAGAUGGAAUUAAGUGUUCAAGGUAAAGCCUACUUUUUUUUUUUUUUUUUUUUUUUUUUGCACGGUAUUACAGCAAGUACUGGUUUUGUGUGUUAUAAAUUAUUAUCACAAGAUUUCAGGUUAUCUUUACAGAAGUAAUCUCGUCCACUUGUUUUUCGAGAUGCACAGCAUCAGUUCAGGGAAGGGGGGCGGGGAGAAGAAAACGUGGAGUUUUGUUGGUUGUUUGCUCUUUUUUUUUUAGUCAGACUAAUUAAUGGAAAAACACUCAGCAGAGUGAUGGUUGUGUGAAUUCUUUAAACACGGAAUGAACGGCGCGGGCCCCCUUCCUUCCUCGGCCCCGACCGGUGUCAGAGCUGGGCUGUGGCGGCGCUGUCCCUGUCCCUGUCCCUGUUCCUGUUCCGGCGCGGCGGCUCCUCCCCCCGCCUUCCCUUCCUUCCUUCCUUCCCGGCGGCGGCGCGCCCGGUUCGAACGGCGGCGGGAAAAGCGGGAGUGUGCCCUGAGGGGUCGGGCCGGGGGGCGCUGGUGUUCGCGGGGAGACGGGGCCGGGAGGGCGGGACGAGGGUCUGCCCUGCCCGCCUUGGGGCGCUCGGCGAGGCGGGCUGGGACCUCCUGCGUGAGGGGAACUGCAGCGGCGGAGAGGAGGUACUGACACAGAGAAAGCUGAUUUGUGUCGGGGACAAUUUUUCACUGACUUUAUCCUCAGCAUAUACUGAAUAGCGAAAUGUCCUCGAAGAAGAAAAUAAAGAAGACUCAUACAAGCUAUAAAUUAGAGGAACACAAAGCCAAUUCCAAUCUUCGCUGGAAAUCACUUCUGCUUGAGGAACCUGAUGUCUCAAGGAUAUUGAAGGUAGCGGAAACAAAACACCUGGAGGAGCUUGAUGAUUCCUUUGAUCACCCUUUGCACAGUACUGCUGUGGAUGCUUAUGGAGAGGAACACUCACAAAACGAGUCACUUGGUCAUGUUUCAGCACUGCAAAGGCAAAAUACAGAAGGAAGUAAAAAAAUGCAUCUAUCAAAGACAUCUAAUGGUGAUAAGGAGAUGCUCAAAACAGCUGGUGCUGGAGAUGGACCUCUUAAGGAGACUGUGAAGGGUCUGAAUACUACUCAGUUCCAGGCGAAAAAGAAGCAGCCUUCAGAGGAGAGCACAUCAGACCCUUCUGUGGACAGCCCACAUUCUGUACAGGUUUGGUGUCCCAAAGAGCUGGAGAGAUCUCCUAGAGAUAUUACAGAACUGGAUGUUGUUCUGGCUGAAGUUGAGAAGAUAGCAGCAAAUUACAGACAAAGCAUAGAAUCAAACAUUUGCAGAAAGGCUAUCAAUGACUUCUGUUCUGCUUUCAAGGGCCAAAUCACCGAUCUUAUAGCGGGAGUCCAGGAAUUAAAGAAUAUGAAGAGGAAAAAUGCUAAGGCAGUAACAAACAUCAAAAAGAAAAGGCAGCGACUGGUGCAACUCAGAGAAGAGCUAAUUGGAGCUGAACCACAACUGACACAACUACAAAGAGAAUAUGAUGAGAUAAAGGAAAGGAAAUCUUCCUUGAGGCAAACAAUUGAAUUACUUACUGAUUUAAAGGAGCUACAGCAAGACUGUUUGGAUUUUAGAGAAGAAAACCCAAAAGAAAAAGUGGUAAUACAGAAUCUGACCAAACUUAAUAAUGGUUAAGUUUUGGCAUUUUGAGUGCGUACAGAGAAAUGAGGCACAACUCAGGAGCUGUACCACGUGUUCUGUGUCCUUUAAACACUUGAAGGUAGGUUCAAAAAAAACCAAACCAAAAACCAAGACUCUCAAGAGUUUUGUUCUUGUUUUUUCUUCAAAAACAAGAAAUUCUGGUAGGAACUCCAAAAUUACACUGUAGCAAUGUUAAUGGAAUAACUGCUCAUUCGAAGUAGCUUUUUGUAACUGCUGCGGGAGAAUUAUCAUUAAAAUACGUAUUUAAAAAUAUUGUAAAUUCCACUGGAAUUAAAUAAUUACCUAAUGUUGCAGAUUAAAGAGGAAAGAAAAUAUGCUUCUUCCAAGGAAACAUCCUUUUCACAGCUAGGGAUAAACUUAUUAUCCUCUGCUAUCUUCAGAAUCACAUUUUUUCCUGCUUUUGAUGAUUUAUACAUCCGGAAGUUUCUAUUCUUUGUAUAAACUCCUACAGGAAAACAAAUAUUUCGUAACAUAACAAUGCUGGCUAGGAUUUAGGGUACUUAGCACUUGUAAAUUAAACAAUUUUCCUUAGACCCAGCUAAGAGUCUAAUGAAUGGACAAAUACUAUUACUGACUUCAGCUCACACCCCAUAGCUGAAAUGCAACAAAGCAAGAUCAUAACGCAUGUACAUUUUUAUGUCAUAGAAGAAUUAAGACAAACACUCAACAGCCCUACACAGGCAUCUUAAUGAUUCUGACAUUAUAAUUGCUAAAAGUUUCACUUCAGUAUAAGAAACCCAUGAUUUCAAAUUAAUUUUGUGAAAUACAACUGAGGACAAAAAGCUGCACAUUUAUCAUCAAAUUCUUAGAAGGUGACACAGUCAAAAAAAAUGGUUUUAUUUAAUUUCCAUGUAUGAAUAUGCUUGAAGGAAUUUUGAACAGUAUGUGAAAGUAAUCCUUCUGAAUUAGUAAUGGAGAAGCCUACUGUAGGGCCCACUCUGGGAUUACAUUUCAAUAGAUCAGACAUAUUGAGGAGGCCUGCAAUGAAAGUGAUCCUGAAUUCCAUGAGAAGAAUCUGAAGGAAUGGGGGUUCUUCACAGGAGUCUGAGAAAAAAAAGACAGUAAAGUCUUGAAGUACAUAACACAUUGCUGUGCAAAAGUGUGCUGAGCUAUUUUCAUUUCACUGAGACGAGGCAAAAAGCAGAAAAAAGAUACAGGAAUGAAGAAGGGUGGAACUUUCAAACUAGUUUGACUAUGGGUGUUGUGCUCCUGGAGAUUAGUAACAUUUUAAUACCUUCAACAGGCUAAGCCCAGCUGGGCCAUGAAGUGCCCAACCCAAAAUUUCUAUUAUUCCAUCACAAACCUAACAGCUGCCAUUCCAAACAGGGAAAGAAGGCUCAAUUCAUACACGUAGAACAAUUCAGAAGGCCACGCCUGUAAGACUUAUUCCAUAAUUAAGCAGCUUCUAAUUCAACUGAAAUAACAAAAAAAUGCAAUAUAUGCUAUUCUCUUUUAAUUCAAAUGGGAGCACUAAGUAUUAGAUGAAAAAAAUUAUUAGUCUUGUGUGGCAAGAAUUUCUUCAAAUUUCAGAAAAAAUAAUCAAAUGUAGUAAUAUAAGAAGUUCCAUGGACCAAGAAUCUAAGGUUCCUUUAAAGGAUAGCCCUUAACGAUCACAGUUUCAGCAUGUAUUGUAUCUCAUUUAAAUUCUGACCAUAGGGACAACAGUAAGAACACCGCUGUUCUUACUGUCUGUAAGAGAAGAUUAAGAAACAUCUAAUUUCUUAACUUUGUUGCAUCCCAAAGAAGUUUAAAAGCACUUAUAUUUACCUAGAUCCACAAAAAGUUGCUUGUUGCCUUUUGUAUCAUUUACUAUUAGAAAAGAAAAAUCCAAAUUUUCUCCCUGGUGUGACAUUUCCAUAUCCUUUGUUUUGUGAGCAAUGGCUGGCCAGCCUUUGGAAGCAUCUUUGACAGCUGUGAGGUUUCUAAGAGAACCAUCUAAUCCAACUGCUUCUGCAGAAGACUGGAAAACACGUCCUGCUUCUUCUUCUGGAAUCACAGCAGCAGCAGCCUCACUCUCCAUUAAUCUUAUGGCAGGCUGCAAAAUGGUUCUCACAAAGUUACCUUAAAGACAAACAAAAAAGGCCAAAAGCAGAUAACGUCGUUUAUGAGUCAAGAAAGAAAGAGUUUCUGUGCAAACAUUUUUUAAAAUAGCCAAGAUGGAAGUGGUUGGAGUUUGGAGUCUUUUUAGCCCUCCUGCAUUUUUAAAAAAACCUUUUGGUCAGCCCACUGUACAAAAUGGUUCUGGCCAAUAAUGAGAAACCAAUGCUUGGCAAGAAUUUGUAUUAAGCUUCUUAAAAAAACCCCCAAAGACACGAACAAGCUCAGAUUUAGGAUUCUGAAAAGCUUGUGAUUGUCCCUCUCACUGCUGCUUUCCCUAACAUAAUUUCCAGAAUGACUGAAAAUGUUUAGUUGCAGUUUCAUAGUGUGCUCACUGCUCUAAGAGUUUGAUCAAAAAGAUACUCAAACAACAAAUUAUUUUUACAAAAGUAUUUUGUAAUGACUUUUCAAACUCCCACUAUUGUAAUUCAAAUCCAUUGUACCUCCAGGCUCUGCUAGAUGGUAACUAAAGACAAACAAAUAAAAACCAUGGCCACAAUAUUUCCAGGAAGAAAGCAGAGAACAGAAUAAAUACACAUGUGGGAAAAAAACUAUGAAGUCAAAGGAAUACUGGCAAGGAGAAUUCUGCAGUUGUUGGAUGAACCUUCAGUGGGGAACAUGAAAGAAUAUGAAAUGUAAGUCCUCCUAUGCUACAUAUCAACAAAGUGACUCAGCAUAUCAGGCAUCAAAAUCAUCAUUAUCCUCAUAAUUCAUUACAGGACUACUGAGGCACACAAAUGAGUCACAGUCACAGACAGCGUUUUAACCCUGUGUGUCCAAAUACGCACAGAGAAAUUCUUAGUUUUAUAACAAUAGUUACUUGGAUCUUCAGUUCAGGGAGAAAAUGGACCUAUUUCAGAACUGAAGUUUAUUUCAAUUAUGAUAAAAGUUAGAGUACCUGUAGAAGUCCUGGUUGACCACUUCACUUUUUUGUGUCUGUAACUGAGUAACAAUCACUCUGGUGUCAGAAUAGCAAGGGUUCUGUUAGUGAAAGAUUAUUUUGGGACUUAUUUCUUUAUCAUUCACACAUGCCUUUGUUUUCUCUCUUCCAAUGUCUUCUAACUGGUCAGAUGUGGGAAACAAAGUGUACAUUUCAUACUUUUGAUCCUUGAAUAUAUUUUUUGUACGUGGGAUGUGUCAUCGGAGUUGAUCAAUGCAAAUUCAUUGAUUGCCACAGCUUUCCUGUGGACAUUACAUGAUCUCUCUCUUAGGUGAGCUAUGAACUCAGCCCCUGUAUUUUAAUUCUAGCUAGUAACUAAUUCCCAAUAUUAUAUACUAGAAGUUUUAAAUCAUAUUUAAUUUUAAGCCCAUGCACUUUGUGCAUGACUCCUGACAUAAAAUACUUAUGAUACAAUAUCAUCCAAGAUGUGAUACUUUGUAUUCUAGUUUAUCCCACAUAAAUACCACUAACUCAUCUUAAAGAACAUUUUGUAUGAGGCAGAACACCACAGCACUGAAUACAAAAAAGUCAUCACUUGCAUAUGUUUGAAAAAUAUAUGAAUCCCUUCAAGUUUAAUAUUAGACAAAAUCUUUCCAUCACAUCAAAAAUAUUUUUUUUCAUAUAGGUUUUGGGAAAUUACUUUAUGUAGUUAUCUGCAUUUUUACUUCUUUACUACAGCAGAGUACUUUGCACAAAGUACAAAGCUAAUACACCUUAGCACAAGUUUGUUAAGCAGGUUACCAACAUCCACUAAUGAAAAGUCUCGAGUAUAAUAUUAUUGGUAACAUGCAUGAAUUUAACACUGGCAUUUACGGUUAUAAAAAGUUGAUUUUUACUGUGACUUCAAUAUCUUGUUGUAAAGGCAAAGCUGGAAUAUGAAUACACAACCUAGAAAUGUAUUUUUAAGUCUGGCAGUUUGCAAACAGGUCAAAUUCACGUCACAGUGGAGACACAGAACAUUUAAACCAAUGGGCCAGAAUAAACAAUUCAAGCUUCUACUGAAAGAACUGACUAAUGUAAUUUAGCUAUCAAGAUCAGAGGCUAAAACUGCUGUCAUACCAUAUUAUUUAUCAUCCAUGUAUUACAUAGGUGUUUAUACUGGCAGAGAAGUUAAAAGACCAUACUUCUGAACUAAAAAUUGCAGUAGUCUCAUUUAAGUCUUCAUGGUUUGUAACUGGUACCACAGUGUCAAGUAAGAAAUUACUGCUCUGUGUCACACUUAGAUUUGGCAGCCAAUAGUACAGGCAGCAUUUGCUUAUAACCAAGACAAUCUGCUCGGCUUUCCUCGAGCUACUCUUCAAAAGAUUUAGGGACACAGAUUCCACUACUCCUAAGAAUGAGAAAUUGGGUUUUUUUAAUGUUAAAAAAGCUGGAAAAAAAUUCCUCUGUUCUGGUAAUACUCUGUCCUCUUUGUGUUAGAGUUAGGACCUGAAUUUUGGCCUGAAGUAGUGCUUAGGCCAUGGACCAAAUGCUUACACUAAAAAUACUUGGGAAAAAAACUUAUAUGUAAAUGCAGGCUUACAAUAUCCAUCCUGUCCUUACAGUUUGCUCUAUUCCUCCAGAUGUUCAUGCUGACAAGACCUUCCAUAAAUGAUUCCUCAGAGCAACACAAAACGUGUCAACCCAAUAACACUUCAAUCCAGGAGUACGUGUUGUCCCCAUGAAAUAACUAGACAAAUUCAAAAGGGAAAUAAGAUUUUCUCUAAUGCUGUACUGGGCUAGACAGAAGUCCAGCACUUUGUCAUUAAUAACAGCAUCACUGUGCAGUCAUUAAGUACUAAAAGCAAAGAGAUCAUCUUUCCUGUACUCUCUACAAGACUCUGCUAGGUCAUACAGAGCCUAGUAAGAAUCUACUUAAAAACACAGGAGGUAUUAAAAGAAUAAGAAAUACAGUAUAAACUUUACUCAAGACUGGAAUGAAGGAGGGUGCAGAGCUAGAAAAAGAGGUAAGGGUGAGAAAGGGAGGACUGGGCAUGAAGACAGUCAGACAGAUUGUGACAAGUAGACAGCAGAAUAAAAGUGGGAAACUGAGUGGGAUCAAAAUUUUGAACCAAACACCCUGAACUCUUCCUAUUCUACUGCCAGGGAAACCAAGUAACAAUGCACAUAAUUUCUUGUAAUCCUACUGCUGUUGUCACAGUUCUUCCUGAACACAAACAGUAGAGCUAAAUGUCACAAAUCUAAAUUUCAUCCCUUCUAAUAACCCCUGAGAUACUAAUCUCUGUAUAACAGCAUUUCUGCUUAUUUUCCCUCAUCUUUUUUGUUUAUUUGAAAAAAAACACAAUAAGGAACAAAGGUUACAAAAAUAAACACUCAAAUAUUAAGAUAUUACAAAAUCAAGGUUGCAGAUGCAAUGUUAAUUAACCCAGAGUUCUGCAUUUGUAGGUUGAUACAGACUUUAAUUCCACCACUCAGCAAGCUGUUUUCCAUGAGUUCCUGCUCCACUCAGACAAAAUUUAGCUGAUAUUCUACUGUGCCCUCAUUGGUCAAAGUAUGUCUAUAAGACUGCUUUGCUGCACACUACAGAGAAUAUACAUACAAAAAAAAGAAAUUAUGAAUUUCAACAUUAACUUUUCUUACUGUUCACCACUAGCACUUCAGUGCUUCACAGGCAGUAUUUUAAAAGUAUAUUCAAAAUACUUCUGUUAAGUGAGGAGGUAUUAUUCUACUUAUUUUAAAAAAUGGAGUCAUAACAAUCCUGAACUGGCAACUCUUUAUGUUGAGAGUUGCCAUAUCCCAAGAAAUAACAACUUACAUCAACAAUUAAAAUUGCUUUCAGCUUCCUCUUAAUCACUCUUAUGCACAGCUGGCUUGAAAUCAUCUUUGUCCUGCCUUCCUGACCCUAUGCUGAGCACAAAUGAACUGUAUUUAGAGCAAAAAACAGUAGCUUUAAUUGUUAAGACUGACAUUAACCUGCAAAUUAAGGAGUCAUAGACUUGCCAGUUUCAUAGAAGUCAGUCUUGUCCAUACUUUUAUAAAUAAAAGAAACAUGCUAAUUAUGGGAAAAGGAAGUAGAAGAU